AUGUUUUUUGACGACGACAACGAGGUGAAUGAUGGCUCGGAGGGAGCGCGGUCGCCGAGCAGCGGGGCGUCGAGCGUGUGCGACGUGCCGCUGCCGCCGCUGCCGCCGCCAGCGCCGCCGUCAAGCAUCUACGGCAUGGCCACGGACGAGAUCUACAGCAUCAUCAAGGAGCUGCGGCGGCAAAUCGACGACCCCGCGACCCACCAGGACAUCAAGGCGAUGCUGAAGAAGGAGCCGUCUGUCUUGUUGGCUGUUGCCCGCGUGCUGCACGAGUCGGCACUGCUGCGGCGCACGGUUGUGAAUGUGGACGGCCGGGUGGAGGAGCAGCUGGUGCCUCUCCCAGAAGCCCCCACUCCGCCGCUGCCUUCGGGGUGGAGCAGCUGGGCAUGA